AUGUCCCUCUCCGACAUUGCCGAAUCCCCAUCCGCACCCCUCGACGAGACACCUACACCCUCCACCGCAUCUGACGAGGCCAUCUUUCUGCACAUCCCCCGCCCCCUCCUUGUCCUUCCAUCUGUCGCCCUGUCAUUUGGUCUCUCUAUAGGAUUCGUUCGGGGCGGGUCGCAAGCGCGACUGAGAUUCUUGGCGGAGAAUGCGCAUCGGAUGCCAAAGACCGUUGGGGGAUGGUACUUCUACACAAAGACCCGAAACUACCGCGUCAUCCAAGGCGCUCUCAAGUCUGGAGGCUACUAUGGUGCCGCUCUCGGCGGGUCUACUCUGACCUAUGUCCUUCUCGACGAGUCACUUGGAUGGGCGCGUGAACAAAUCUUUGGCGUCAAGAUCGGUGAAGGAGGGCAAGAAGAGAGAGAACAAAUACAGAGGGAGAUCGUAGAGGGCAGGAGAAUAGGAUGGAGAAAGGGCGAGGUCGAAUGGGAAGAUGGGGCUGGGGCUGGAGGGUUGAUGGGGUUGGCUGUCGGGUUGGGAUCCAAACUUCCAAAACCGCUCUUCAUCCGUUCCCUCGUCCUGGGCUGUGUCCUCGGCGCCUUGACGUCGUCCAUGCAAGUGGCUCAGCACCGUAUCGGGCGUUUACGCAUGGAGGAGGAACGGAUAUCAUCUCUGGCGAAAGCGAACGAGCAGGAGAGUGCGUUACUAGCUGUGGAAGAGACGUCGCCGGGCACGGAACUCUCACCCGAGAGUAACAAAGAGACCAGUAUCGUAGAGGACAAGAGCUGGUGGUCAAGCUUGACGGGACGAGCAUAG